AUGACAGCUCCAAUCCCUUCGCUCGAGACUGAUGGGGUCAAGCACAGAGCCUCAGCGACUGACGAGGCGUCCGAAUCGCUGUCGCAACUUUCUGUCGCCCACGCUCAGCCCAAGUCCUUGGUCCAAGUUCCCCCGAACAAUGCCUUCAAGAUGACAAUAGCGACAGUGACUCGAAAAGGCAAGCCAAAGCGAAGGGCUCUCACAGCAUCGAAACAAUACCGCAAGCGACCAUCGUAUUUCCUCAGACUACCACCAGAACUACGCAACCGGAUUUACGAGGAAGCUUUCAACACUACAGUAUCGUUCUCGCAAAGUUACAAGCGUCCUCCAAAAUGGUACAAAAACAACGGCAUUGUGCUCGCCUGCAAGCAAACUUACACGGAUUCCAUUGGCCUCUACUACAUCUGCCACAAAUUCAACUUCUCAAGCUCAGGCCCCGAAGAAAUGGCCAAAUUCUGCACCACGUGGCUUCGCAACAUCAAGGGAGAAUAUCGAAAGCUCAUUCGGCAUAUUGAACUUGACACGUUCUCGCAGGUCGUGGUACGGCUGCACUAUAUGAGCUACGCUUCAAGUGGCUGGUAUGGACCACCGGAUCGCGCGACCUGCUUCUCGAACUUGGUUGCAGAAUUUGCCCAGACCACGAUCGACAUGGUUCACCGGAUCACUGAUGUGUCUUCCGCAGCGCUUAAGGCCUUGAUCAUCAAGCCACUUUGGUCUGCGAAGGACUUUCCUUUCGAAUUUGCUUACACUGUGACUCCGCUCGAGACUUUGGACGAACAUUGGAAGAAGAUGAACGAGCCAGCUGAACAACCUCUCGAGUGGAAGACUCUCGGUGCGUUCCAGAACGAGGGCUGGGGCGGAUGGCAAUCAGAGUAUGUGCCAGACUAUGACGAAUGGGAUCAUGGGUGGAUGGACGGGCAAGACCAUCAAAGUGACGAGCUGACGGAUCGCACUCCGCUCCAGAGCGAGGAUUGGGGUGGACUAUUACUAGAGCACGUAUCUGACCAGGACGAAGGGCUACAUUGA